GCAGUGUCAUUUGAUAUUUUCCCCACCUCGUCCCCUCCUCCCCGGCAAUCCCGGCGAGUCGGAUCCAUCCGUUUCCCGCGUCCGGCGCCGCCGAACCCGCCGCUCCGCUCCUCGCCAUGCAUCCCCCCGCCACCUCGCGGGAGCCACUCUCUCCUCCCAUCCACCGAAUUGCCGCGGAGCGGAUCGGAGACCCGCCCAGACCGGCUGGAUUUCUUUGGUCCGUGCGGAGAUUUCUCCUCCUUUUCUGCCUCGCGUACCUCGUAAUGCCCCACCAUCGGCGACCUCGCCGCCGGCGACGGGACGCAGCUACCCGCCCAAGCCUCCUCGCAUAAGCGACUCGGACUGGAUCCUCCGUCUGCUGUUGUUCGAUCAGAUUCUCCCUCUUCAACGCCCAAGAUCGAUCUCGGUUGGCGCUGCCCAAGACACAAGUAAUCAAAAGGUGAAAAUAGAAUGGUGACCUGUUGCAGUUUAGAUGACACCAGAUGAUAACGCCCUUAUUACUUUAAAGAAAGGCAGCAAGCUUAUCAAGUAUAGUCGGAAGGGAAAACCCAAGAUUCGUGAGUUCAGACUUUCUAGUGACGAAACAGCAUUAGUUUGGUACUCGCACAACAAGGAAAAGUGUCUCAGACUGUCUUCCGUGUCCAAAAUCAUACCUGGACAGAGAACUGCUGUUUUUAGGAGGUUUCUACGCCCUGAGAAGGAUUACCUGUCAUUUUCACUGAUAUACAAGAACGGCCUGCGUUCCCUUGAUCUGGUUUGCAAGGAUCAAGUAGAGGUUGAAGUGUGGUUUUCAACACUUGAGACACUGAUUACUUCAUGCCGUGUAAAUUUUCCAACAGAUUUCCAAAGUGAUAGAAUAUCAUUUUCUGAUGAAGUGUCCCAAUAUCAAGAUGCGUAUGAUACAAGACUAGAGAUUGCCUCAAGUAUUAACCGCAGUUAUUACUCAGCUGGUUAUGGCGCAGCCUAUCCAUUGAAUUCUUCAAGAGCAGAUGUUAGAUCAGAUCGUGCAAAUAUGCUAAGAGUAAGUACGGGAGACAGUAGUCGGAUUAGCAUAUCCAGCAGCGUCCCUAGUUCUUCCAGUCAAGGUUCUGGACCAGAUGAUAUAGAAUCCCUUGGUGAUGUUUAUGUAUGGGGUGAGGUGUGGACUGAUGUGCUCCCCCCAGAUGGAUCCUCAAACUUUUUGUGCUCCAAAACAGAUGUUUUGAUUCCUAAACCUCUUGAGUCGGAUGUUGUUUUGGACGUACAGCAGAUAUCAUGUGGUUCGAGGCACAUUGCUCUUACUACCAGACAAGGAGAAGUAUUCACUUGGGGUGAAGAACUUGGUGGGCGGCUUGGUCAUGGAACUGAUGAAGAUAUUAGUCGCCCCAAACUUGUUGAGUCUUUAGCAGUGUCCAACGUGGAGUAUAUUGCAUGCGGAGAGUUUCAUACUUGUGCUGUAACUGCCUCUGGUGAUUUGUACAAUUGGGGUGAUGGUUCUUACAAUGCUGGAUUGCUAGGACAUGGCCUUGGGGCUAGCCACUGGCUUCCAAAGCGAGUGUCAGGACCUUUAGAAGGGCUUCAAGUGUUAUCUGUUGCAUGUGGCUCGUGGCAUUCAGCACUUGCCAUGUCAAGUGGAAAAGUAUUCACUUUUGGUGAUGGGACAUUUGGUGCUCUUGGGCAUGGAAAUCGUGAUAGUGUUUCCUAUCCAAAGGAAGUUGAAUCUUUGAGUGGGUUCAGAACGAUGAAAGUUGCAUGUGGUGUUUGGCAUUCCGCAGCAAUUGUGGAGACCAAUAGUCAGACAGGCAUGAAUGUGGUAUCCAGGAAGCUAUUCACCUGGGGUGAUGGAGAUAAGAAUCGCUUGGGUCAUGGAGACAAGGAGGCUCGGCUAGUUCCCACUGUUGUUCAAGCCCUUGUUGAUAAUAAUUUCCAUCAGGUAGCCUGUGGACAUAGUAUGACUGUUGCACUCGCCACAUCUGGUCAUGUCUUUACAAUGGGUAGCUCUAGUAAUGGUCAACUUGGGAAUCCAAAAGCCGAUGGUAAACUACCUUGCCAAGUACAAGACAAGUUGAACAGUGAGUUGGUUGAAGAGAUCUCAUGUGGCUCUAACCAUGUUGCAGUCUUGACUUCACGGAGCGAAGUAUAUACCUGGGGUAUGGGGGCCAAUGGAAGGCUGGGACAUGGUGGUAUUGAAGAUAAAAAGAAACCAACUAUCGUGGACGCGUUAAAAGACCGUCACGUUAAAAGUAUAGCAUGUGGUUCAAAUUUUACGACAUGUAUUUGCAUACAUAAGUGGGUUUCAGGCGCAGAUCAGUCUGUCUGCUCAGGGUGUAGGCAACCAUUUGGUUUCACAAGAAAGCGGCACAAUUGUUACAAUUGCGGGCUUGUGCAUUGCCAUGCAUGUAGUUCAAGGAAGGUCCUGAAGGCUGCGUUGGCACCAACUCCUGGCAAGCCACAUCGUGUAUGUGAUUCAUGUUUCAUGAAACUGAAAGCUGCAGAUAGCGGCGGCACUAAUAGUCCAUAUAAUAACAAAAAGAGUGUCAUGACUCGUCGAUCUGUUGAUAUCAAAGAUAAGUCAGAGAGGCCAGACAUAAGGCCUUCAAGGCUAGCAACAGCAGCAACAGCAGAGCCAGUCAAGUAUGCGGAUGCAAAAUCAGUUAGAAGUGAGAUGAAACCUGACCCUGUGUCCAAUGCGAGGGCACCCCAAGGUCCUGCUACAGCUUUGGCAGUCCCAACUAGUUUUGUAAAGCCUAUGGGAAUGGGAGGAAUGGGAGGAAUGGGGGGAAUGGGCGGAAUGGGUAUGGGAAUGGGAAUGGGAAUGGGAGUAAACAUGGCGCCAAUGGGAAUGGGCAUGCCCGUGGUGUCACAAUCUCAUAAGAAGCCAAGUCCAUCUCCAGCAAUGAUGAGUGCUCUGUCUGUUAAAAGUGACACCAAAGAUAUCGAUAACCUGAAGAAGACUAAUGAGACGCUGAAUCAAGACAUCUCAAAGUUGCAAACUCAGGUUAAUAAGCUAAAACAGAAAUGUGAAGUCCAGGAUGAGCAACUACAGAAAACAGAAAGAAGAGCUAAAAGCGCUGCCUCUCUAGCUGCAGAAGAAUCUACCAGACGCAAUUCCAUGUUGGACUUUAUUAGGUUUCUUGACACAGAGCUCAAAGGGAUUGCAGACAAGGUGCCUGCUGAAUUCUCUGACAGUAUCAAAGACUUGCAAAGCCAAUCAGAGAAGUAUCUCACUGGACAGUGUAGUCAUCCACCGGAGGCCAUUUCUGGAAAUGAACAGCCUCGCCUCCCCAUUGGCGGGAUGCAUGAAAUAACACACCAUGGCAGGUCAGCUAGCAUGGGUAACCUGGAUGGCACUUCCUUGACAAGCGAAUCUCCAUGCCAUCGAAUCAUGGAGAGCAAUGGGAGGGCUCCAGGCGACUUUGCACCAAAGUAUGGCACCCAUGGUGAGGUGCAGCUGAUCGAGCAGUUUGAGCCAGGAGUUCAUGUCACACUUAUUCAGCUGAGAGACGGCACCAAAGUAUUCAAGCGUGUCCGGUUCAGCAAGAGGAGAUUCGCCGAGCAGCAGGCCGAGGAGUGGUGGAGGGAGAACCAGGAGAGGGUGUUCAGGAAAUACAACCACGCACCUACCUAGGCUCCUCGGCUCAGCAUCUUCCACCUACGCGAGACGAAUCGCGCCGUUGAUGCUCGGGAUUCCGUGUUCCCCACUGCCAGCUGACGUUUAGUCUGAAGAUCCUGGCGACUGUUUGUUCUUUUGACGAUCAAUCUUGUGUUUUUUUCCUCUUCGUUUUUUUGCUUCUUUUGGAGAUCUGUUUCAUUUCCAUACCCUUGAGCCUAUUUGCUGGGAACGUGUGUUCAGGUUGGGAACACUUGCUUGUGGCUUCCCAGCGAGGUAAAAUAGUUUGUGUGGAACGGUGUAAUCCUCGCGGACAAAUAUUAUUCGAGAAAGUAUGUAUAAAUGAAUGUAAGGCAAUAAGUCCGCACACGAGUUAUGAAGCUGAA